ACAGCUCCUCGACAAUGGAGCUGUCUUGGAGUGCUGUCUUUUCUGGGCUCCUCCUAAGUGUCCCGUGCUGGGGUGCAGACUGGGGAUCUGAUAGAAACUUCAUUUCCGCCGCGGGUCCUCUCACCGACGCCUCGCUGCACAGCCUGGGCAGUCCGCUGGGAACCCGGGGCUCCGAUUCUGCAGCCGGGGACAAGGACAUUCAUGCAUGCCGCCAGCCUCUGCCCGCCGUCCUGCCAGAGUACCUGGGCAGCCUCCGUGACAGUAAGGUCACCCAUUACAAAGUGUUCCUGUCGUGGGCACAGCUGCUCCCUGCGGGGAGCGCCGGGAGCCCGGACGAGGCGGCAGCGCGGUGCUACCGCGCGCUGCUGGCGGCCGUGGUCGCUGCGGGGCUGCAGCCGCUGGUCGUGCUGCACGGCCGGGGCCUCCCCGCCCGCACCGGCCCGGGCGCCGCAGAUGCCUUCGCCGACCGCUUCGCAGACUACGCCGCGUUCGCCUUCCGCUCCUUUGGGGACCUGGCUGGCGUCUGGUUCACCUUCAGUGACCUGGAGGGCGCGAUGACGGAGCUCGCCCACCGGGGGUCCAGAGCUUCGCGUCUCCAGGCGCUCGCCGACGCCCACAGGAAAGUCUACGAGAUCUACCACGAACGAUUCGCCUCUCGGGGCGGAAAACUCUCUGUCGUCCUGCGAGCUGAAGAGAUCCCGGAGUUCCUGCUGGACGCCCCCACAGCUGCACUUACCCAGGACUCGGUCGAUUUCCUCUCUCUCGAUUUGUCUUACGAAUGCCAAAAUGAGGCGAGUCUGCUGCAGAAGCUGCGUAAAUUGCAGACGAUUGAGCCAAAAGUGAAAGUUUUCAUCUUCAACCUCAAACUCCAGGACUGCCCCUCCAGCAGGAAGAGCCCAGACAGGCUCCUCUUCAGCCUUCUCGAAGCCAUAAAUAAUGACCAAGUGCUCACCCUUGGGUUUGAUAUUGAGGAAUUCCUGAGUUGUUCAUCAAGUUCCAAGAAAAGCGUGUCGUGUUCUCUGCCUGACAGCCUGAGCCUCGGGACGGACCAGCCGCAGGGCCAGGAGGUGGCGGCCGUCUCCUCGCCCCCGGGCUCUGCCUACCAGAGCGUCUGGGGAAGGUUUGCCAACCAGUCCAGCGCAGAGAGGGACGCCUUCCUGCAGGGCGUCUUCCCCGAGGCCUUCCUCUGGGGUGUCUCCACGGCAGCCUUUAGCGUGGAGGGCGGCUGGGCCGAGGGCGGGAGAGGGCCAAGCGUCUGGGACCGGUUUGGGCUCCUGAACGCCACCAGGGGCCGAGCGACACCGGAGGUGGCCAGCGACAGCUACCACAAGGCGGCCUCUGACGUGGCCCUGCUUCGUGGCCUCCGGGCUCAGGUGUACAAGUUCUCCAUCUCCUGGUCCCGGCUCUUCCCCACGGGGCGUGGGACCAGCCCCAGCCCCGCCGGCGUCGCCUACUACGACAAGCUUAUUGACCACUUGCUGGACUCGGGCAUCCAGCCCAUGGCCACGCUGUUCCACUGGGACCUGCCGCAGGCCCUGCAGGAUCUCGGUGGGUGGCAGGACGAGAGCGUGGUGGAUGCCUUCCUGGACUACGCGGCCUUCUGCUUCUCCGCUUUUGGGGACCGCGUGAAGCUGUGGGUGACCUUCCACGAGCCCUGGGUGAUGAGCUACGCAGGCUACGGCACCGGCCAGCACGCUCCGGGCAUCUCUGACCCCGGGGUGGCCUCUUUUAAGGUGGCUCACUUGGUCCUCAAGGCGCAUGCCAGGACUUGGCACCACUACAAUGACCACCACCGCCCGCAGCAGCAGGGGCGCGUGGGCAUCGUGCUGAACUCAGACUGGGCAGAGCCCCUGUCUCCAGAGAAGCCUGAGGACCUGAGAGCCGCGGAGCGCUUCCUGCACUUCAUGCUGGGCUGGUUUGCGCACCCUAUCUUUGUGGAUGGAGACUACCCCGCCGUCCUGAGGGCCCGGGUCCAGCAGAUGAACAAACAGUGCCCCGGCCCGGUGGCCCAGCUCCCUGAGUUCACGGAGGCAGAGAAGCGGCUCCUAAAAGGCUCAGCCGAUUUUCUAGGUCUGUCUCAUUACACCUCCCGCCUCAUCAGCAAGGCCGAGCAAGACACCUGCACCCCUGGCUACGAUGCCAUCGGAGGCUUCUCCCAACACGUGGACCCUGCAUGGCCCCAGACCUCGUCCUCUUGGAUCCGUGUGGUGCCCUGGGGUAUAAGGAGGCUGUUGCAGUUUGUAUCCUUGGAAUACACAAGAGGAAACGUGCCAAUAUACCUGGCCGGGAAUGGCAUGCCCAUAGGGGAAGGUGAAGACCUCCUUGAGGAUUCCUUGAGAAUCGACUACUUCAACCAGUACAUCAACGAGGUGCUCAAGGCUAUCAGGGAGGACUCCGUGGACGUUCGCUCUUACAUUGCUCGUUCCCUCAUCGACGGCUUCGAAGGCCCCUCUGGUUACAGCCAGAGGUUUGGGCUGCACCACGUCGACUUCAGCGACAGCAGCAAGCCGAGGACGCCCAGGAAGUCCGCCUACUUUCUCACCAGCAUCAUUGAAAAGAAUGGUUUCCUCACCAAGGCAGUGAAAACGCCGCCGCCGCCGCCACCACCGAAAACAGCCAACUUUCCCUCCAAAAUCAAAGGCUUCGCUGUUCCAUCUGAGGUGCCCUCCAAGGCUAAAGUCGUUUGGGAGAAGUUCUCCAACCAACCCAAGUUUGAAAGGGACCUGUUCUACCACGGCACGUUCCGGGACGACUUUCUGUGGGGCGUGUCCUCCUCGGCCUAUCAGGUCGAGGGAGCGUGGGACGCUGACGGCAAAGGCCCCAGCAUUUGGGAUAACUUCACCCACAGCCCGGGGAGCAACGUGAAGGAAAACGCCACCGGGGACAUAGCCUGCGACAGCUACCACCAGCUGGAUGCCGACCUGAACAUGCUUCGCGCCUUGAGGGUCCAGGCCUACCGCUUCUCUCUCUCCUGGUCCCGGAUCUUCCCAACGGGCAGAAACAGUUCCAUCAACAGUCACGGGGUUGAUUACUACAACAGGCUCAUCGACGGCUUGGUGGCCAGCAACAUCACCCCCAUGGUGACACUGUUCCACUGGGACCUGCCCCAGGCCCUCCAGGACAUCGGCGGCUGGGACAACCCUUCCCUGAUCGAGCUGUUCGACAGCUACGCAGACUUCUGUUUCCAGACCUUCGGUGACAGAGUCAAGUUCUGGAUGACCUUCAAUGAGCCCGCGUACCAGGCCUGGCUGGGUUACGGCUCGGGGGAGCUGGCCCCGGGUGUGAAGGAUCCCGGCUGGGGGCCCUACAGGGUUGCCCACGCGGUCAUCAAAGCUCACGCCAGGGCCUACCGCACUUACGACGGGAAGUACAGGCAGACGCAGAAGGGGGUCGUCUCGCUGAGCCUCAGCGCCCACUGGGCGGAGCCCAAGUCGCCGGGGGUCCCGAGAGACGUGGAGGCGGCCGACCGAAUGCUGCAGUUCUCCCUGGGCUGGUUCGCCCACCCCAUUUUUAGAAACGGAGACUACCCCGACGCCAUGAAGUGGAAAGUGGGGAACAGGAGUGAACUCCAACAUUUAGCCACCUCCCGCCUGCCGAGCUUCACCGAGGAAGAGAAGAGCUACGUGAGGGCCACGGCCGACGUCUUCUGCCUCAACACCUACUACUCCAAAAUCGUGCAGCACAAAACCCCCCGGCUGAACCCCCCCUCCUAUGAAGAUGACCAGGAGAUGGCCGAGGAGGAGGACCCCUCCUGGCCUUCCACGGCCAUGGGCGGAGCCGUGCCCUGGGGGAUGCGGAGGCUGCUGAACUGGAUCAAGGAGGAGUACGGUGACGUCCCCAUCUACAUCACGGAAAACGGGGUGGGGCUGACAAACCCGAGGCUGGAGGACACCGACAGGAUAUUCUACCACAAGACCUACAUCAACGAAGCUUUGAAAGCCUACAGGCUCGAUGGCGUAGACCUCCGAGGGUACUCCACCUGGUCUCUGAUGGACAACUUUGAGUGGCUCCAUGGCUACACGGUCAAGUUUGGACUGCACCAUGUUGACUUCGAUAACGCGAACAGGCCUCGCACCGCAAGAGCCUCCGCCAGGUACUACACGGAGGUCAUCACCAACAACGGCAUGCCGCUGCCCAGGGAGGACGAGUUUCUGUACGGGCAGUUUCCCGAGGGCUUCAUCUGGAGUGCGGCUUCUGCUGCGUAUCAGAUCGAAGGUGCGUGGAGAGGGCAGAUGCGCAGAAAGGACUCGAGCUGUUUGGAGCACGUUGCUCACACGCCACUGAGGGUGGAGAACGAUGACGUCGGAGACGUGGCCUGCGGCAGUUACCACAGAUCGACGAGACGUGCGUGGCGCCUGCCGGACACCUGGCGUCUGCCCCACUAUCGCGCCUUUUCUGUCUCCGUGGACCGCUUGCCUGAUGGAACUACUGAUCUACCUUUGUCACAGGUGACCAUUUACCACUGGGACCUGCCCCAGGCGCUCCAGGAUGUGGGAGGCUGGGAGAAUGAGACCAUCGUGCAGCGAUUUAAGGAGUACGCAGAUGUGCUCUUCCAGAGGCUGGGAGACAAGGUGAAGUUUUGGAUCACACUGAAUGAGCCCUAUGUCAUUGCCAACCAGGGCUAUGGCUACGGGACAGCAGCUCCAGGAAUCUCCUUCAGGCCUGGCACUGCACCCUACAUUGCUGGCCACAACCUAAUCAAGGCACAUGCCGAGGCCUGGCAUCUGUACAAUGAUGUGUACCGUGCCAGUCAGGGUGGCGUGAUUUCCAUCACCAUCAGCAGUGACUGGGCUGAACCCAGAGACCCCUCCAACCAGGAGGAUGUGGAGGCAGCCAGGAGAUACGUUCAGUUUAUGGGAGGCUGGUUUGCACAUCCCAUUUUCAAGAACGGAGACUACAACGAGGUGAUGAAGACACGCGUCCGUGACAGGAGCUUGGCCGCAGGCCUCAGCAAGUCCCGGCUGCCGGAAUUCACCGAGAGUGAGAAGAGGAGGAUCAACGGCACCUACGACUUUUUCGGGUUCAACCACUACACCACCGUCCUGGCCUACAACCUCGACUAUCCCACCGCCAUCUCUUCCUACGACGCAGACAGGGGAGUUGCCUCCAUCGCAGAUCGCUCUUGGCCGGACUCUGGCUCCUUCUGGCUGAAGGUGACACCUUUUGGCUUCAGGAGGAUCCUGAACUGGCUAAAGGAGGAGUACAACAACCCUCCGAUCUAUGUGACCGAGAACGGGUUUUCCCAGCGGGGAGAAACAGACCUCAACGACACUGCAAGGAUCUACUACCUCCGCUCUUACAUCAACGAGGCCCUCAAAGCUGUGCAGGAUAAGGUGGACCUCCGAGGAUACACGGUUUGGAGUGUGAUGGACAACUUCGAGUGGGCCACGGGCUUCUCAGAGAGAUUUGGUCUGCAUUUUGUGAACUACACUGACCUUUCUCUGCCAAGGGUCCCCAAAGCAUCAGCCAAGUUCUACGCCUCUGUAGUCCGGUGCAAUGGCUUCCCUGACCCCGCUGCAGGGCCUCACCCCUGCCUCCAACAGCCGGAAGAUGCCGCACCCACCCUCAGCCCCAUGCGAGGGGAGGUUCAGUUCCUGGGGCUGACGCUCGGCACCGCAGCAGCAGAGACCGCUUUGUAUGUUCUCUUUUCUCUUGUGCUUCUUGGAGCCUGUGGCUUGGCAUUUCUGUCAUGCCUGCACUGCAAGAGCUCCAAGCAACGGAAAACACAGCCAAGCCAACAGGAGUUGAGCCCUGUUUCUUCAUUCUGACAAGUUACCGCCUCCUCAAGUUCUGUGAAGCAGGCCUCGCUCCUUUACAUGCCUUUGCUGGCCACAAAACUCCUAGGGUCUUGGAUUCUGCCUGUAUUCAACUUCUCCGUAAAGGCCUGAUUAAAAUGAAAAUAAUCUGCAUUUUGCCCCGGUAUCAGAGUUCAUUUGGGUAUUUGAGGAGACAGCAGGUGGCUCUUCCGGAAAUGUGCAGAUCCGGAACUGAUCAGGUGCGUCUGUGAACCACUUAAUUGACUGGGCUGUUGUAAGCUUCAGCCUUGUUAAAGGUGGAAUUGUGAGUAAAAACCAUAAAACCUUUGUAUAAACCUUUCCUAAACCUUUCUGUAAGAAAUCAACUCCACUGCGUAGACGGACUGCAAUAUCAUCUCCUGCCCUUCUUCAGGCUCUGCCCAGCCUCAUACCUUGUUUCUCAGAAAAUAAAAACAGUUCUGUAACUGUGUCCCAUAUCCCAUGGUUGCUGCUUCUUGAGAGAGUAGGCUCGGCAGCAGUUAAGUCACACAAGACAUCUGGGGCUCCUACUAAGCUUUCCCACCAGACCAAGACUUUCUGCUUACAUUAUAUUCCCUGAAGCAGAUACCACAACAUGCAGAAAGAGGUGGCCUUCACACAAUCCUUUGUUCUCCAUCCCUUAAACACUCCCACUGCCACCCCUUAUGCUGUCCCCAGCUCUCCCACCUAUCAGACAAAUUCUAAGGACCUGAGCAUGGCCCGCA